CGCAUUUCAAAACGGUUCUUAACGCCUUUUGAAAUUAUUCGCCUGUUUCAAAAGGACGUCGAACCUAGUACACCCUGCUAACGUAUUUUCUCGACAAGAAUUCCUAGACUUAACCGCAUCUGUCGUCACCUGAAAACGUUGCAAAGCUGAAAAUAUAAAAUUGAUAUGGAAAGAGGAUCCUAUGCAAGGCUGGACCGAAUCGAUAACAUCAAGAUAGAGUUAACUGAAAAAUCGCAAGUGUCCCUUGAAGACGAUCCAAGCAGACUACAAAAGAGAAAUAGAACCCACGAAAAGCAUAUUGAUUACGUUUUGGUCUACGAAACCCAAAAGGAUGUCAGCAGACUGGAUGUUGAUGCUCUCGCAAAACAAAGGAAGCUUGUCGCAUGGCGAUAUUCAUUUGAAAAAUGCCUUGAAAAUAAGCUUGGGUUAGAUGUGCAGCGCAAGACUGUGAUCAUCGGGGAGGAUCCAGAAAUAGAACGUCAUUUUGUGCUGAUACAUGCACCUUGGAAUGUAUUAGCACAGAGUGCUCAACGGAUGAGAUUAAAGGUUCCUCUUCGACCUAACGACGCUGUAUUUUCAUCAUGGAUAGAGAAUAUAAUUGGGCACAAAUUGUUUGAAAAGCUGCAGAGCAAAAAUCCUUUUGUCCUUCAUGAUUCCACCUUGGGUGAAAGGCCGAGCUUCUACAUGGCUCCCUUUGUAGAAGAUUACUUGAGUGAGUAUGUGAACAACGAAGACAAAGAGAGCUUUUUUAGUGUCUUGGAUCGCCACUACAUCGUCCAACACUUGCUUCAAAACGCCCGGUUUGCGAGGGGACCGGACGGGGUUGGGCUACAGAGGCUCCUUCUGGAUCAGGCCUACCUUCCUGCGUAUUCACUUCAUGAUGGUCCAGAAUCGCAGGAAGAAGGGAAGGCUCUGGCGAAUGAUCGGCAGAAGUUAAAAGCUGACUGGGCGAGAUUUGGCAAAUUCUUUAAGUAUCAACCUUACGACGCUAUCAAGGAUUACUUUGGACACGAGGUCGGCCUGUAUUUUGCUUGGCUUGGAUUUUACACUGCCAUGUUGUUUCCACUUGCCAUUGUUGGCCUACUGGUAUUCAUCACUGGUGUUAUAUCGGCAGGCUCCUACUUACCUGUUCAAGAUCUUUGCGACGAGAAAAACAGAGGUCGUUGGUAUAUGUGUCCACUCUGUGACAAACAAUGCAGUUACUGGAAUCUGGCCCCAGACAUCUGCAUGUAUGCUUACACAACCCAUCUGUUUGACAACGAUGGAACUGUGUUCCUUGCUUUUGUUGUGGCCAUCUGGGCCACGCUGUUCCUCGAGUUUUGGAAGCGUCGUCAAGCAUCCCUCGCUCAGGAAUGGCACACCUCUGAGUUCGAAGAAGAAGAAGAACCGUUACGUCCUGAAUACAGGAAAAGUUUACCAGAUGAACAGUUGCAAAUGUUUCUAUUCAAACGUAACCCAGAGACAGGCAAAAUAGAACCUAUGGUUUCCAAGCUCAAGACAUACCGAAGAUAUGGUACAGUCUUUGCUGUAGUAGCUUUUAUGAUUCUUCUGGUUCUUGGAGCCGCAAUUGGCGUAGUUGUGUACCGUGCAGCCAUGUUUGCUGUAUUAAGUGGUAGCAGGGACAACAAUGUUCAAAAACGCGCUCGUAUUAUCACAGCAGCAACGGCUGCCCUUAUCAAUCUUGUUUUUAUAAUGUUAUUGUCCAAACUUUACGAGAAGCUGGCUGUAUGGCUCACUGACUGGGAGAACCCACCCACAGAAAGCGCCUACAAGGACAGCUUCACGUGGAAAAUGUCCUCUUUCCAGUUUGUUAACAACUAUUCAGCGCUAUUUUACAUUGCUUUCUUUAAAUCGAACCUUAUUGUGGGAUCUCCUGGAAAAUAUAGGAGGCUGAUGGGCAAAUAUCGACUAGACGGCUGUAGCGAGCAAGGAUGCUUUUUGGAGCUUGCUGUUCAGCUUUUUAUAAUCAUGGUGGGAAAGCAAAUUUUCUUCAACAUAUUUGAAAUGGCGAUGCCAUAUUUGAGUCUGUUGAAGAAUCGCCGUAACAAAGAAAAUCCAGAUACCUGUCCUCAGUACGAAAGCGACUAUGAUCUAACUGCAUGUGAAAAGCAUUACAUGUUCUGGGAGUACUUAGAAAUAGUUUUACAAUAUGGCUUUGUGACCAUGUUUGUGGCUGCGUUUCCUCUCGGCCCGCUGUUUGCCUUCAUCAACACCAUCAUUGAGAUCCGUCUGGACGCCAUCAAGUUCUUGUGCCAUUUUCGCCGACCAGAUGUUGCCCGUGUUGAGGACAUAGGGGCCUGGUACGACGUUCUGGAAGCUGUAACAAGAGCUUCGGUGCUGGUGAACGCGUUUAUACUCGCGUUCACUUCAGAGUUUAUCCCGAAACUCCUUUACAAAGUCAUGUACGCUCCUGAUCGCCAUUCUCCCGGCGGAGGCACUCUGAAGGGAUACCUUAAUUUUACUCUUGCUGCUAUUGAUUUAGAUACCCUCUUUACGUGGGAAAAUGGAACCCAGCCGGACAACCCAACAGAAAAUCUAAACUACACAAGAAAUCACUGCAGAUACCCUGGCUUCCAUGACAGCACUUACCCUUAUGGCUUCUCCAAGGCAUACUGGCAUCUCCUCACUGCUCGGUUAGCCUUCGUGUUCGUAUUUCAGUUUGUAGUUUACACUGUGACGGGAUUUAUAGCUUGGUUAGUGCCUGACACGCCUGAUGAGCUACAGUUCAUUAUAGAAAGAGAAAGAGAAAUGGUCAAGACAGUGUUCCAUACUCCUGAAUAUGACAGUGACAUCGAGGAGCUUGAGGAAGAAGAUGAUGAUGAUAACGUAACACAGUAUGAAGAUGCCCUAGAUGAGGUCAUUGACAGCAAGAAAUUUGGUCAACAGUACGCGUCUUAACCCUUGACCUCCCUGAAGUGAUACACAUGAAACUUCUUGCCACAAUUUCAAUUCAUUAUCCAUCGAAAACGACGAUAAAAUUUGGAAAACUAUUUGUAAGAGCUUGCGAUCUUAAGUCGACUACUGAAUUUUCCGAAAAAAAUACUGAAGCCUCGAAGGAGAUCGCGAAUUACUGAUCAGAUCCUGGGGCAACCGAUGAUCAACAUGUUAUAUACAUAUAUUUAUAUAACUAAGAUCUCACUAAGAUCUUAUUUGCUUUUUUGUUUUGUUUUGCUUUGUUUUGUUUUUCUUUGGGGAGAGAGGAGGGGGGGCAGGGGGAACCGAAGUUCAGACUUUUAAACAGCAAAAAUUCUUAUAUUACAGUGAGACUGGUUAAUUCUGUGAUUGUAGUCCACAACCGCUGACCUCUCCGAAAGCUAGAAAACAAGCUGUAUACAAAAGGAAAAGUGUAUAUAAACACAGGGAAAGUAGAUUAGUUCUCUAGAGUCUUGAACAAUGUUUCAAGAUUUAAAAUGCUUCCAUCAAGCUACCAGGACCUUCCAGGCGUACGUAAAAAAAACUACGUGUAUUUCCUUUAAUCCAGUAAUCUUUUACCGCUGUCUUAUUAAUAUUGCUAUGCAGUUGGCCUAUCAUUAAUUUCAUUUAAAACGUCGUCUUUACUUGGUGUUGAGUUCAGUGCUCAUAAGCAUCACAGUACUAAAGUUGUCUAAAAGUAUCACGUACUUGUCAUCAAGUCAGACCUUGAAUCCUUGCAGGCCGAGACACCGCCAUGAACCAGCUUUGGCAGGUUGUCAAAAUGAUCGGUGUUAGUCUACGCAGUUAUCCUUGAAGCUUUUUAGAGGCUGCGCUAGAAUUAUAAGUUGAAUGUGAGAAUUUCUUUUCCAGUUCAAGAUAUUUUGGUAAGCACCCUGUCUUCAUUCCGCUAGAAUUCUAGUGGUUAACAAAAAAUGUUUUCAUCUUGAGUUGUGAUUUGACUAACUGGUUGAAAAAGCUCUCAGAGCCAGAGUUAGGAUUUGUAAACUUGGGCCGAAUAACCUGGCCAUGGGGGAGGGUAACAUCAAAACCAGGAGGGUUCGGUAGCCGUACAUUGAAUUAGACCCUAGUCCGGCUAUACUUUUUAGUUAUUGCAGCUCUAUACCUUUCACUCCUGUGGUUUUAAUUUGUCAGCGCUGGGCAGAAAUAUGACGGUGUCUGACCACCCGUCUGGUUGGCGGGAGGGUGGCGGGUGCCAUAGUCAGGAUGCGCCCGGAGGAAAGGAUCAUUGAACUUUCGAAGAAAAGGUUAGUAGUGUAACUGUGUUCUUCUUUCUGGGGAACACAAAUGAGAAAAUAUCAUUCUGUUUGCUGAACGGAAGGUGAGGAACGAGGGAAUCAAGAGACAAAUUAAGAGCCGUUAUCUUGAAUAGAGAGCACGUUUAAGUUUUGGUAAAAUGCUGUCCUUUCUAAAUGAUACAAAUUGUCAAAAGCCCACCUGCAAACACAACUUAAACUUCGACUCAGGCAGGUGGACAUUGCGGACAAUCUUACUUGAUAAAGACGAGAGAUUUACA